CGAACAGUCAAAAAAAAAUUGUAUUUUGCUAGAAACUCAAUAGAAAUUAGUUCAAAUUAGAUUUUAACUCCUUAAAUUCACGGAAAAAAGUAUGCGGAAGAGAAUUUAACUGAAAUCCGAGAUGAAAAUAUCGCGAAACGCGAGAAAAACGUAAAAAUUAUAGUUUGUCUGUGUAACCAAUAGCUACAUAGAGCGAAAAGAAGAAAAAACAACAAUGGCGACUCUGAACGAUCCUCCGCCAACGAACGUUUCGGCGACCCUCGAGGGCGGCUUUCAGUUCAAAACGAAGCCACAUCUCGACAAAAAGUGGCUCAAGGCGAAUUUGACGUCGGCACUGCGUUCCACGAACGAGCUCAGCAAUCUGUGGAAUCACCUGCUCGAGGAUAAUGAGGUCAUUGAGAUGGAAAAUAAACUGAGUCCGAAUUUCACGUUUAUUGACGAGUCAAUUGAUAAAUCUGUGGAUUUGGGCUCAAAUGUGACGACUUCCGAGAGUAUUUUCAAUAGUUGGUUGUGGAAUCCGAUUCCAAGUUCCGACGAAAAACAAGAUUGCAUUAAAAUUCUGCUGAGUGAGCAACAGGCUUUGUGUCAUCAGGCAGCGGAGAAUUGUUUGUCCGUGCAGUCGUUGAAACGCAUGCUGUUUGUGUACUCACGCUAUUUUAUUGCGCUGUCGAGGUACAAGAAACCAGAAAGUCACGAAAAUGACGAAAGCACGACAAAAAGUGUGCAUGAACUACAUCCGGCUGUGAUGGAUUUGAAAUCGGCGAACAGUUACGACAAACCAUCGGGAAAAGAUUUCGAAAAAGCAACUCUCAGCUUAGCGCGUGUCGGAACUCGAGCAGCUCUCAAUUUCGCCUUUGCCUUUCUCCGUCGUGCUUGGAAGUCUGGAGAAGACACCGAACUUUGCAGUGAACUCUUAGGUGAAGCACUCGACGCCCUUCAAACACUCCCCGAAGCCUCCUUAUUCGACACGGGCUCUCAAACGAUCUGGAUGGAAGCCGUCGAAAAGUCAAUUAAAUUCCUGCGUCAAGUUGCUCUCGGCGACAUUAUGGGCGGGCGUUGCAUGGUUCCCAAAUCGGAUCGACACAUCGCCCUAAAUUUACUUUUGGAAUUGGCAGCGCAAAAAGGCUCGUUAUGCGCCUCGCUCGAAGCUGUCUUGCUUCUCGUGACACUUUGGGAGAAAGAUGCCGAAACCGAAGACAAUCGAAGUCCGCCGCAACCCUCAGGAGCUCCAUUGGCGAAUGUUUUGCGACGUUACGAGCACAUUAACAACUACAACGCAAACUUUGGCUUGACAGAUUCGCUGCCCGGAAGUCCCACGGAAUCGUUUUUGAGAUUUUUAGCACUGCCCGAGGACGAUAACGCGCCCAUCGAUCUCAAACAAGCUGCUGUCGUGAUAAUUAGUCAUUUGGAUCGUCUUGCGAAACCACAUUUGCCGGCUGGAGGCUUCUCGAAUAAGGCACAUCAGAAUAUUCGACCGCAGCAGAUUUUCGCGCUGGGCUGGAGCUCGUUCUCGUCAGACAUGGAAGGCUUUAAUUGCGAUUCUGGCGUCGAUUCGUACGGAAAUUACUUGAAAUAUGGCUCGUCAACGAUCGAAUUGGAUCACAAAAUUCAGGUGCAGCAAAUGGUGUGUUCGGACAAUUGCAUUUUGAUCCUUUCGAGUAACGGACAAGUUUAUUCCAUCAAAAAUUCCGGCAACGACAGUUCGUCGCAGACCUUAGUUGAGGGCUUGGAGAACAAAGUUGUCAUAAAAAUCGCCUCUCAUUGCGAAGGAAGUCAUUUUCUCGCCUUAACCGCCGAUACGCAAGUUUACGCUUGGGGUUCGGGCACCGGAGGCAAACUUGGGCUCGGCGAUUCUCAAGCACGUGACACGCCGUGCAAAGUUCACGCACUUUCCGACAAAAUUGUGAGCGGAAUUUUCGUUGGUGCUUGGUAUUCGGCGUGCUGCACGAAUUCUGGCGAGCUUUAUACGUGGGGUCGUGGCACGUACGGAUGCCUGGGACACUCUGAAAACACGGAUAAAUACGUGCCGACACUCGUCAAAGCCUUGCAAGGUCACAAAAUAGUCGAUGUUGCGUUGGGAAGCGGCGAUAGUCAUACGUUGGCGUUGACAGAUACGGGCGUCGUGUUUGCCUUUGGCGAUGGGGAUUUUGGAAAACUCGGAAAUGGAAGUAGCAAUGGAUCACAAGUGCCGCUGAAGAUUGAAUGCUUGACGAAAAUCUCGCGCGUUUUCUCGGGAAGUCAAUUUAGUGUGGCGCUCAGUACAGAUGGGAUUGUUUAUACGUGGGGCAAAGGACAUGGCGGGCGAUUGGGACACGGCAAUUUGGAUCAUUGUACGACACCGAAAGUUUUAACGGCCCUCGAAGGAAAAAACAUCGUGCACAUCAGCGUAGGCUCUGCGCAUUGCCUCGCCUUGACAAAAACCGGCGAAGUCUACGGAUGGGGUCGCAACGAUCACGGUCAAAUUUGCCCGUCAUCCGUAACGCGCGAUCCCAUCAUCACGACGCCCAUUCUCACGGUUCCCCUGAACAUUCGUAUCUCGGGCAUCGCUUGCGGCGCCGCUCAUUCCAUCAUUUGGUCUCAUUCCUCAAUGCUCGGCUUGCCAUCGCGCAUCCCCUUCAUCGUCGAUCUCACGGAACACACUUUCCGACUCAUCGAUCAGCUGCUUUGCAUGGUUUGUGUCGUUCCCUCCGUGCAAAAUCAACAAACGGGACAACCCCAAACGGGCCAAUCUGCCACUUCAACGACUCCAAAUCAGGAAAAUGAAUGCGUCGCCGUUGCCUGCUUGAAUUUGCUGCGACUGCAAUUGCACGCGAUGAUCACAAAUAGCAUAUCGCCAAAGUGCGUGGGACUCCACGAAGGUUCUCGGCUACUUUCGAGCUUGAAAAGUCGCGUUUUGAGCCUUGCCGGAGGUGCGAUGAUACUAAAGACGAUGCAAGAUGCCGCCCAAAAGACGUUAAAAAUCGGUUGGAGUAUUUUGUUGCCGACAGCAGCGGAACGGGCGCAAACUUUGACGUCUCUGUUGCCUGCUGGGCAUGAAUCUAGUGGUAAUAUGACGACGCCAGGACAUCGAUUUAUGACAGAUUUACUCGUGGGAUCGUUAAUGGCUGAAGGAGGGCUGCAAAUUGCGUUGAAACAAGCAAUUAAUGCUGAACCUCUCGACUGCAAUAGUGACCAUCACUUACCUUUGUUGCAUCUUUUGAAGCAACUUUUGCGAAAUAACACGAGUUUAACGCAAGCCCGUCUCCAUCAAUUGCUUCUGGGGCCCUUUGUGAAGAUGGAAGACGAUCAAAUGUGCGGCGAACCCUUGUCCCCGAGCCUAGAUUUGCUCCACAAAUUCCAAAGACUCCUCCUGUCGUACAUCCAUCAAUCGACGACGGAAGAUUUAGCAGGUGCCGAAGCACUUUUGACGACAUAUUUGCAACACGUGGUGUCCCUUUGCAUCCAAACACUCAACAAAGCGCAAGAAGUUUUGUCGCAAAACACCGAAGGAGUCGCCGACGUGCUCAAAACCGACAUUUCCGACACACUUUUGUACGAACUGCUCAUCGGAUUGGUGCUGCUGCAACGUGACAAGUCCCAUAUUUUGACGAAUUUCGACUGGAACAAGUGCUUUAUCCCCCUUUUGAAUGCUCUCGAUACGCUAAAUCGCAUGUUGUGCGACGGCGAGGUCCAAGAUUCGGAUGACAUGGGUUGGCCUGGCGUUAUUUGUCGCGGGCAACAAAAACCCUCGAGUGUCGUGCACGACGAAGUGACGCUAAUUCGCAAAAGUGACAUCGAAAAUCAAAUUUUGGACGAGGGAAAAUGGAUUAUUGUCAACGGAAGUGUUUACGAUGUGAAAAAUUACGCUGCGGAAAAUCAGGAAACGGUCGAAUUGUUGCAAAAUGGCAUCGGAAAUGACUUGAGUGCGGAACUGAGUGCACCGGAACAUCGCCCAACGCUUGAAUACAUCACGCAACACUUGCGCAUCGGAAAAUUGCUCGUUGAUGACAAAGCCAUUAAGACAAAUUAUCAGCAAUUGAUCUCAUUAACGCAUUUCAAGUCGGAACGAACUUUAUCUUACCUCUUGGGACUGCGUGCGAACUUUUUGCAGAAAGGCACGGAACUGCAACCAGCUGAAAUUCAAUGCAAAACGGUCCUAAAUUCGCCAAUUUUAUCCGGAGGACUGCAACUUUUGCAACCCUCGAACCCCUUUGACGAGGAAAAAGGCGAGGCACGAAGCAGCGGAUCGACGCCGACCGAAAACUCGAAUCAUCAGAUCUCGGAUGCGCCGCAGGUGAUGUCGAAUUGGUCUUCGGUGCUCAUGACGCAGCGAAUUGAGACGCUUUUGUACGGUUUGGGCGAAGGGAGACUCACGGAGCAACUGGUUCAGGUGUGGCAUCGACUUUCGGAGCGUUAUUGCAAGGAACAUCACUUGAUUUGGCAUCAGGAGUUUCAGUGCGAUCAUCCGGUAAUGGAGUUGGAAAGAUUGCUGACGGCAGUGUUGAUACGACAUCAAAGCUUGGGACAGUUGGUUUUGGCAGUGAUCGAUAAGGAAUUGAGUGGGCAGAAACAUGGAAAGUUACCGCCGCCUGUUGCGGAUAUCAUUAGAAGUGUUCAUCACACAAAAUGGGCCCUCAUCAAGAUGCGCCAACAACUAAACCGCAGCUACAAGGAAGUUUGCGCUCCCAUGAUGGACAAAUGUCGUUUCCUCCUUUACGAAAUCCGACCUGCUGUGAGCAUCGAGCAAAUGGGCUUGAAACGUCUCUACUUACUGUACAAAUCGCCGCGUUUCAAGGACGCCGCUCGUCGUGUCAUCGCCAACAUUCGCGAUGCCAAAAAGAAAAACGUUCGUCCCGAAGACAUUUUAAACGUUUCCAUCCAAAGUGCGAGCAAAAACGCAAAAUCAACGGAAAAUCUGCUCGCCGACUUGCCAAUUCGUCUCUCAAACGAAGAUCUCACGAAAGUUGCGAGCACCGAGAAUCUCAAUACGCGUUCCUCGACUCCGAGUGGCGCGAAUGUCAUCGAAAACAAACAAUAUUCCAACGAAAAUCUCGUCGAUUUGGUCGAUGGCGGCGACGAAAUGGAGGAAAAACGACGCGAAUCGUGUGAUGAAAUUAAAACGCCGACGAACGAAAGCACGGAUAUCGACAUAAAACAGAAAAAUAUCGAAGAUACGCACGAUUUGAUCAACGAAGUCAUCGUAAAACUCACGGAAAAGUGUCUCAUCGAGUCCCAAUUCGCAAACAGUAAGAACACAAUUGCCACACAAAUCGUCGAUUUUAUUGUGCAAGAAAGUAUCGACGUCGAAACCUUACGACGAGCGAUGUUUUGUCAAAUUCAGCGUUACCAAAUACGAAAACAAGGUCUCGAAAUGUUCUUGGAACUCCUGAAAGUCAAAGGAUUGCUGGAUGCCGUUCAGUAUAACCUCUUUUUGGGCUUCAUCGGGGUUCAUUUGGACAAAAAUUCGAAUCGUUACAUGGACAACAUCCUCGAAAACUUGAAUCUCAUCACGGCAUUCCAGAAAAGUGACUUGAUUAUCACGCAAUCCAUGAUCAUCGAAUGGGCGAUCAAAGAACUUCAAAAACACGUGAACCAAGAUAACACGUGGCACAACGGAAAACCCAAACCGCACGGCGAAAAAGAUCAUUCCAAUCUCGGAACUUAUGUUUUUUUGAAGAAAUUACCGAGAGCGCGUUUUCUUUUAGCCCUUUUUGGUAUUUUAGCGAAAGAAUUUAACGGAAACGAGUUGAGUCUUUUGAUCAAUUCAGGCGUUCUUGGUACCGCAAUUGGACUUUUGAAGCAAACGGGAGGAGAUAAUGUCACGUCAAGCGGAAAUAAGCACGAAACGGAUCUCUCGGUAAUUUAUGAGGAUGUCGUAAAUCGAUUAAAAACGUCGAAAGCGGGAUUAACGGGUCCGGAAUUGGCGCAGUUGAUGAAAAUGGGAACGAGAGUUGCAAGAGGAAGUGAUUGGAAAUGGGGAGAUCAAGAUGGGCAAGGCGAGGGACGAGUCAUAAGUGAAAUUGGCGACGAUGGAUGGGUGCGAGUUGAAUGGGAUAACGGAGUGACGAACUCGUAUCGCAUGGGCAAGGAAGGACAAUAUGAUCUUCGCCUUGCUGACAGCGAACUCAAACAACUAACCCCUGAUCGCGAAAGUGACCACGAAGAUCUCAUCAACGAAUUUGGGCUCCAUUCGAACGAAUCGCAUCCCACACGAAAUUUACGAAACGCUUGCAUCAAACUUCUCGAGAUCAUUUCCAUCAGUUCCGGCUUGCAUGCUGACAAAAUGCAAGUGAGUGCCGUCAAAGGUCUCGCCUCGAUGUUUCAUUACAUUUUGAGCAACAAAAGCGGCUCCAUCAUGCGUCUCGAAUCAUGGACUUUAUUCGGAUUCAUCCGCUCAAUUUCAUCGUCAAAGGCGCUCUCGAAGUUUUUAACGUCUCCCACGUGGAUCGAUUUGUGCAUGAAUGUGCUCGAUACUCCCGUGAUGGGCAAACAAGAUGUCUACAAGAAACUCCAAUGUUUGCGGCUGCUUCAAACUUCGCUAAUCAACUGGGAAAGUGACGAAAACGAACGAAUUCCCGCGUUAAUUGAAAGAAUUUUCGGUGCUCUCGGCAAAAUUUGUCUCUACUGCCCGAACGACUUGUCACUGUUGCAAAAUCCCGCCGAUGUCAAGUCUCGCGUGCUUUACAGCGCGAGUUAUUCCGGCACUGUAGCUGAAGAAAUCAUCACGUUGCUACGAAAACUUCACACGUUGCCACUUUGGAAUGAUCAUGUCAACUCUUUUCUGUCCCAAAAGCUGUGUUUCGCCGCAGAUCUCGCCUCAACUCACGAAAAUACCGAUUUCAACGACGAUUUUGAGCUGGAACUCAUCAAAGUAGCAGGAACUUUACACACAAUUGGCGGAUAUGAUCCCCGCCCUCGCGUCGGACAAAAUUUGCUGAUCGACGGAGAGCCCGGAACAGUUUCCCGCAUGACGAAAAAAGGCAAAGUGAUCGUUAGCGUGCGAAAUUCGCAUGAAAGUAAAAAAGUCCCGAUAUUCAAAGUCAUCGAAACACUCGAAAUUGGGACUUUUAGCUUGUCGCGUCUCACAAUGAACGAGAUUUUAUUGAAUUCCUGGGCUGUUUUGCUGCAUCAAACGGGCGAAUUGACAGUUACGGAGUCUUUCAAGAUCCUAACCAAAUAUUUACGGAAGCAACAACUGCAUUUAGCGUCGUUAAAAGCGACUCGAGUACUUCACCGACACCAAAAUCUCUUAAGAAAAAUAUUAAAACAACGAACUCCGGGCAUUUCAGCAUCAAGUUCGGACGAAAGUCUCGACGAUGAGGACCAAAAACGCCCCAAACCGGAUUCCGAGGACGAGUUUUCAGCCGAAAAUGAGAUUUUGAUUCAAACUAUUUUGCAAAGAGCGACCCAACCUUCGCCGCUGAGGGCUUGUUACAAAUACCAAGAGAUGGAAUUAGCAGCGUUGAGCAUUUCUCAGCAAUUAUCUAGUCAUAUCCACACGGAAAAUAAUUCAACGGGAGCGACAAGACCCAUUCCGCAGUUUCCAACGCUCGUUCAUGGCACGCCCGUGUACAAUAAUGACCCCAUAGAGGGCGCUGUUGGCGGAAUUUCCAUCGCCGCUGCGGAAAAUAACAAAAAAGGCCUUCCGCCGUGCCCGUUAGUUGCUCAAAUCAUGGAAAUGGGCUUCAAUCGGAAGAGUGUCGAAGUAGCUAUCAAAGCUUUGACAACUCAUACGGAAGUUACGCCCACUGUCGAUCAAAUUGUGCAAUGGAUUUUGGAACAUCCCGAAGUCGGGUUGCCUCAUGCCUUUGGAGCGUUGUCGAUAAAUGACUCGGAAUUCAUUGACGACACCGACAGCAUCACUUCCGACAUGGAAAGCAGCUCAAAUCACGACGGAAUUGUCGUGCGGUAUCAAACACGAGACGAAUUCAAGUCCGCAGAUCAAUACGCGAUGUAUAUUCGAGGCGUUAUCAGACCUGGGAUGAUCGUGCGAUGCUGUCGGGACUUUGAGGAGAUCCGCGAAGGCGAAAUUGGGACAGUGCAAAAGACCGAAUGUGAAGGUUUGCAUGAUUUAAAUGUUCGUGUCGACUGGCAGCGACAUGAUAGGCCCUAUUGGAUGCGAUUUGUGCACUUGGAGAUCUUAGAUGCGCCCGUUUUGGCCUCAGAUGCGACCCAACAACUCGCUGUCGGGUGUCAAGUACGGUAUAAAGUCACCGCAAGCAGUACUGCGGCACGAUAUCGAUGGAAUUGGUUGCCCAAAAAUAGCGUGGGACGAGUUACAGCCAUCAAUGGGAACGAUAUUACCGUAGAUUUUCCGCAACAACCGCGAUGGAAUUGCCAUCCGCAAGAAUUGGAAGUCGUUCAGAGCAAUUUUACGCCCGGAUCCGCAGUUAACACGUACGAUAUCAUCGAUGACUGGUCCAGAUGCAUCAAAACGUUGACAGUUUCAUCGAACGAGGCUUCAGCGAAAUUUUUAUUGAACAAAUCGGCGAGUUAUUGGCAAAGUUCCAACACGCAGGGAAGACCGUGGAUCCGUUUGGAGAUGCAUGAAAAUAUUUUGAUCCAUUCUUUAUCGAUUGUCGUCGAUGCAGACGAUUGUUCGCACAUGCCGUCCUUGCUCAAGGUCAAAGUUGGCGAUUCCAUUCAAAAUAUGAAGGAUCUCAGUUGGGUCAGUGUCAAUUCGUGCGAAACUGUCGUCCCGUUACUCACGGAAAUGAAACAAUAUUACCAAUUUAUUGAAAUUGUGAUCAAACAAUGUCGCAACAACGGGAUUCAGUGCAAAGUGCACGGCUUGAAUAUCGUUGGGCGUAAAAAACAAACGGAUUUGGAGCUGAUGCUGACGAAUGCGGCAUUUUUGGCGUGUGAUACGGAUGCGUCGAUCGAACCGAGUUUUACGACGACCUCGAGUCAUCCGGAUGAUAAGCCAACCACGUCGAAUGAAUGCAUGUCGAAAGUUCUCGUGUGGGGUUUGAAUGACAAGGAGCAACUUGGGGGCUUGAAAGGGUCGAAAGUGAAGUUGCCGACGUAUUCGCAGGUUUUGAGUCAAUUGAAGCCGAUUCAUAUUGCCGGAGGAUCAAAGUCGUUGUUUAUUGUGUCGCAGGAUGGGAAGUUAUACGCAUGCGGCGAAGGAACAAAUGGGCGUCUUGGAUUGGGGCAUAAUAAUAAUGUGCCAAGCCCGCAAUUAGUCCCAGUUUUGAGCCAAUAUGUCGUGAAAAAAGUUGCAGUUCAUUCAGGAGGAAAACAUGCGUUGGCGUUGACGUUAGAUGGAAAAGUAUUUUCGUUUGGAGAAGGAGAAGAUGGCAAAUUAGGACACGGCAAUCGCAUCACUUUAGAAAAACCAAAAAUGAUCGAAACGCUUCGCAACAAACGAAUUCGUGACAUUGCUGCCGGAUCAUCUCACAGUGCUGCAAUCACUUCUUCUGGCGAACUUUAUACUUGGGGACUCGGAGAAUAUGGUCGCUUAGGACACGGCGAUAACUCGACACAACUGAAACCUCGUCUCGUUCAAGCUCUCGUGGGACAAAGAGUUGUUCAAGUAGCUUGCGGAAGUCGCGAUGCACAAACUUUGGCAUUAACUGACGAGGGAUUGGUUUAUUCGUGGGGCGAUGGCGAUUUCGGAAAAUUAGGUCGAGGAGGCUCCGAAGGAUGUUCUGUGCCGCAUCAAGUCGAAAGAUUAAACGGGCAGGGCGUCGUUCAAAUCGAAUGUGGAGCGCAAUUUAGUCUUGCUUUAACGAAAAAUGGCGAAGUUUGGACCUGGGGCAAGGGCGAUUAUUAUCGUUUGGGACACGGAACUGACCAACAUGUGCGCAAACCAACCCCCAUUCAAGGCUUAAAAGGCAAAAAAAUCAUCCAUGUCGCUGUCGGAGCGUUACAUUGUCUCGCCGUAUCCCAAUCUGGAUCAGUUUACGCAUGGGGCGACAAUGAUCACGGUCAACAAGGCAGCGGAAAUACCAUCGUAAACAAGAAACCAAGUCUCGUUCUCGGUUUAGAAGGCAUCCCCAUACAACGCGUCGCUUGCGGAAGCAGUCAUUCCAUCGCAUGGACCUUACCGAACAGCAACAACGAACUCGACAAAAAAGAACCCGUGAAAUUCGAGACGACAAAAGACCCUUUGGGCGGUUACAGCUUAGGUUUGUACCAAUCUGACGCUGAAACAACGGCAACUCCUGCUAUUUUAUCGUCAUCCAAGAAGCGCCAAAGCUUGUCUGAAAGUAUUUUAUCGCUUGAAAGUCUCGGAGCUCGUCAAGCUGGAUUGUCGCAUGUUUUAAACGCCAUGAGUAUCCUUCAAGCGCGUUCCUGUGUCAUCGCUGCGUUAACAUCUCACACUCAGAUCCAUAAACAACGCGAAAUGGAGAAGAGUUACAGCAUCGAACGCGAAAAAACCACAAAUUUGAGUCCGAUUCUCGACGACGACGAGGAAAAUAAUCAAAAACCAUCGACUUCCCAUGAGGAUAUCGUUCAAGGAGGCGCCGGAGAAGCUCCUGUCGAUGCAAAUUCCAUGCCAAAUAAUGAAAUGCCGGAACCUGAGACCCCAAAUAGCAUCCCGAAUCCCACGGUAGCAAGCACAAGUGGCGUUUUAAAUGCCUAUCGCAGCUUAACGGGCAGUUUAUCGCUUUCGGCGAGCGUCAGUAGUGUCAAUGCCACACAAAAACACUCGAAAAUGAGUGCCAGUGCCAUGAGUAUCAUCGCCGCGACAAUGACAAACCAAGAAGAAAUCAUCAACGAAACGUCCUUAACUGGCUUGGAUGACUUCACGACACUUUUUGGCGAAUCCGAGGCACGAAGUCUAAUCGAAUUGCUGAAAUUGAGUGUUUCGGGACGCGUUGAUUACCCCAAUGCAACCGAGACAAUCGCCAAUACGCUAAUUGCUUUAGGCUCCAAUGCGCCCUCCAUCUCGAACAUGUUGCUGGAAACUUGUAUAACGGAACUUGAGGAUAUUUGCACGAGCGGACAUCAUCUCGGACGAGUACCGAAACCUAUCGUGCAAGAGACAAAUCAUCCGUAUAUCGAUGAUAUCACGCUAAGUGGCAACGUGAAAAUUCCCGGAGCGAUCGCGUUACGUAUUGAAUUCGAUUCGCAAUGUUCCACGGAGAAGCGAAACGAUCCGCUGAUCAUCAUGGAUGCCACGGGAAAAGUCGUUGCGACACGUUCGGGUCGCGAUUUUGCUCAAUGGGCGCCCGAAAUUCGCAUUCCAGGCGAAGAAAUGAAAUGGAAGUUCACGAGUGACAAUUCCGUCAACGGAUGGGGAUGGCGAUUUUACGUUCAUGGCAUCAUGCCGGCGGAUUAUUUGCAGCAACUCGGUUCAGAUCGAACGAUUUUGUCGCAACCCGAUAUCCAGUUAGUGAUGGCGUUGCUGGAUUCGAGCUUGGAACCGAAAAAUACGACAAUUUUAGUGAGACUUGUAUCAGCGUUGGCGCAAUGUGCUCAAAUUAGUCGCUUAACAGUCCCGCAAAGGAUUUGGUCUCUGAAGAAAAUGCACCAAUAUUUAUGCUCAAAACACGCCCCCAAGCCGACAGACCCGCAAAUUAAUGCGAUUUUAAUGCCUCUGAUUCCGAUUAUUUUGCGACAAUACGAAUUCGAGGAGCCCCAAGUGCGAAAUGGGGUUCAUCUGAUGCACUCGGAUUACUUUAAAACACUCGUCUCGUUGGCUUGUGACAUGCAAAUUGAUAAUCUCUUGCCGCAAAAUGAUGCUCACAAGUGGUCCUGGUUCAGGAGAUAUUGCACGGCAGUUCGAGUUGCUCAAAGUUUGACCCGUAGAACGCAAUUGCCAAGAUCUUUUUGCAUGGAAGUGCGAAGGAAACUCAUUGAAAUGUCAGCGCCGACGUCAAUUUCGAGCUAUUUUAAUAAUAUUCAAGCUCAAAACUCGCAAAUUCCCGUUUCGAGUGGCAGUAUGUCACUUUCGAUCACGUCAAGUCACUCAAAUUUGAGUCAAAGUUCGGAUGGCGCCCAAUCCGCCCCCUGCUCGUUGCACGAAUUUGCCGAAGGAACAAAAAUGAUGCAUGAAGAUCACGAAUUUUUCAAUGCGCAACACGAUGCCCAGCUUUUGCAGUGGUUCAAUCGACGUCCGGAGGAUUGGGCGUUCUCGUGGGGCGGCGCUUCGACGAUUUUCGGUUGGGGUCACAACCACAGAGGACAAUUGGGAGGUUUAGAUGGAAGUCGCAUCAAAAUUCCGACGCCGUGUGAAGCUCUAAGCCUUUUGAGACCCAUUCAGAUCGCGGGAGGCGAACAAACGCUUUACGCCGUGACGCCUGAUGGUAAAGUUUAUGCCACGGGAUACAAUGCCGGAGGUCGUUUGGGUAUUGGAGGCAUCGAAAGUGUCACGACGCCAACGUUGAUCGAGUCCUUGCAGCAUGUUGUCAUCAAAAAAGUCGCUGUCAACUCGGGCGGAAAGCAUUGCAUCGCUCUUUCAGCUGAUGGGGAAGUUUUCAGUUGGGGCGAAGGUGAAGAUGGGAAACUUGGGCAUGGAAAUCGUGAUUCUUACGACAGACCGAAGCUCAUUGAGAGCCUUUCGGGACUCGGAGUGAUCGAUAUCGCGUGUGGAAGUGCUCAUUCUGCGUGUAUUACGAAUCAAGGACAUGUUUUGACAUGGGGCAAGGGACGAUACGGAAGACUUGGGCACGGAGAUUCGGAAGAUCAGUUGUCGCCGAAACUCGUGGAAGGAUUGUUGGGAUAUCGAGCGAUUGAUAUUGCGUGCGGAAGCGGAGAUGCGCAAACGCUUUGCAUAACGGAUGAUGAUAACGUUUGGUCUUGGGGCGAUGGAGAUUAUGGAAAAUUGGGACGAGGCGGAAGUGAUGGAUGUAAGCAACCGAUGAAGAUUGAAAGUCUCGCGGGAUUGGGAGUUAUCAAAGUUGAGUGCGGAAGUCAGUUUUCGGUAGCGUUGACGAGAUCAGGAAGUGUUUAUUCAUGGGGCAAAGGAGACUACCAUCGCUUGGGUCACGGAAACACCGAGCACGUGCGUCGCCCGAAGAAAAUCGCCGCUUUACAAGGAAAAAAGAUAAUUUCCAUCGCCACAGGCUCAUUACAUUGCGUCGCGUGCAGCGAAAGUGGCGAAGUCUUCAGUUGGGGCGACAACGACGAAGGUCAACUCGGCGACGGAACUGUAACUGCCAUUCAACGCCCUCGUCUCGUAACCGCAUUGCAAGGAAAACACAUUGUCAAGGUCAUUUGCGGCUCCGCACACACUUUGGCACUGUCGACAUAUCAAUUGAACGAAGCUGUUCGCCCGCCUCCGCUGCCCUCCAUCGAAUUCGAUCUCAUUCGUGACAUCCAACCGGAAGCUUUGCAUGCUCGUCUCGUGCUUUUGCAUCACUUUUCCGAGUUAAUUUGUCCUUGUUUGGCAAUGUUGCAAAUUUCUGGGGAACUUUCGCUUGCCUCGUUGAAAGAUGUGAUUUGCGCAAAUAUCAAAGAAACCGCUUUUCGUAAAAUAAUUCAAACGACGAUGGUUCGUGACAAACCGCAUGGACCCAUAAUUGAGCUAAAUCGCAUUCAGGUGAAACGAUCGAGAUCAAAAUCGGGCAAUGGACUUGCUGGAACGGAUGGAAUGAAGAGCGUUUUUGGUCAAAUGGUGCAAAAAUUGCCUCUUUUGAACUCGGAAGCACUUUUGAUGCCGCAUCGCGUGUGGAAAGUGAAAUUCGUCGGAGAAAGUGUCGACGAUUGUGGCGGCGGAUUUAGUGAAUCGAUCGCCGAAAUGUGUGAUGAACUCCAAAAUGGCAGCAUUCCGUUGCUAAUUCAAACCCCAAACGGACGAGGAGAAGCUGGAGCGAAUCGCGAUUGUUUCCUCUUGGAUCCCACGCAACAAAGCGUCUUGCAUAUGAACAUGUUCCGUUUCUUGGGGGUCCUCAUGGGAAUUGCUGUACGAACUGGAUCUCCGUUAAGCUUAAAUUUGGCAGAACCCGUUUGGCAUCAACUUGGCGGCGAAAUGUUGCGCCCGACAGAUUUAACCGAAGUCGAUCGCGAUUACGUGACAGGCCUUUUGUGCAUUCGCGACAUGGAUGACCCGAAAAUUUUCCAAUCGAUGGAACUCCCGUUCUCAACGCCGUCGGCAAAAGGACAUGAAGUCCCCUUAAGUACGAAAUACACGAGAAUUACGCCGCAAAAUCGUCAUGAAUACGUGAAAUUAGCGCUGAAUUAUCGAAUUCACGAGUUUGAUGAGCGUAAAGCCGUUCGAGAUGGCAUGAGUAAAGUUAUUCCGGUUCCCUUGUUGUCGCUGUUUUCCGCGACGGAGCUUCAAACGAUGGUUUGUGGAUCGCCCGAGAUCGAAAUGGGAUUGUUGAAGACCGUGGCGACGUAUAAAGGCGUCGAAUCAACAAGUCCCUUGGUUCAGUGGUUCUGGGAAGUCAUGGAGGAAUUUUCGAAUCAUGAGAGGUCGUUGUUCCUGCGGUUCGUUUGGGGACGCACGAGAUUGCCACGAACAAUAGCUGAUUUUAGAGGACGAGAUUUCGUGCUGCAAGUGCUUGAUAAGUACAAUCCGCCGGAUCAUUUUCUGCCAGAGAGUUACACAUGCUUUUUCCUGCUUAAAAUGCCGCGUUAUUCAUGCAAGCUUGUAUUAAUGGAAAAACUCAAAUAUGCCAUUCAUUUCUGCAAGAGCAUCGAUACUGACGAAUACGCAAGAGUUGCUGCUGAUCCUACAGAAGCUACUGGAAGCGAAGACAACAGCGAUUUUGAAUCUAUUGCCUAAAGAUGAAAAAUCAGCAAAGAAAAAAAAUAUCUUUUAACUUUUUUGAACGAUAAGACUUGAAGCGUCCAUACGAAAUUUUUGUAAAAUUAUUUUUCCUACUUAAAAAAAAACGAGAAUUUUGAGUGUGUGCCUAUGAAAAAAAAGUGUUUGAAGAAAGAUGCAGAUUAUUUGUAGCUUUUACUUAAAAAAUAAAUUUAUUUCAAAGUUAGAAUAGUUGCAAGUUUAAAAAAAAACUUCCAAAUAUCAAAAAAUGUAGACGAAGAAAAAAAGAGAAAAUUAAUUAUUCGC